AUGGACCCGCGCAACGUCCCAAUCCCCAGCUUCCCGACUCCCGUGAUGGACGGAGACGAUGUCUUAUAUGCGCUUCAAAGACGUCAACAGGCAUGGGGUUCUCCGAGAGGAGGUGACGCUCCUCCAAGUUUUACACAACUACAUCAACCACCGCUGCAACUGCAACCGGAAGAGCAGUUCUCUCGUUUUUCAGCUGCCCGCCAGCAAUUCUCCCUUUCAUCCAUACACCCACCCAUCCAACCAACUCCCGUUCUAGAACCCCCAACUCCUCCGCGACCUCAGGCAGUAGCUCAGGUACCUCUGCCUCCAAAGCGGUCCCCCAUAGCACAUGGGAGGCGAGAAUCGACAAAAAGUACUGGAUCAAAUUAUACGUUGGCAUGUCUAAAUUGUCGCUCCAAGAAGAUCAAGUGCCUGCUUGAAGAGGGAGGCUGCAAGAAAUGCAAGAAGCUCGGUAUCCCCUGUCCUGGUCCAGAGGUGGACGAACGCAAACGUCCCUCCUCAAAGAGACAUAUUCGCGAGUUACACCAACGCAUCCACGACCUGGAAGUUGCUCUAAAGCAGAGCGAGGCUCUACGCAAAGCCCAGGCACAAAAUUUCCAUACAAUCCGUGGGAUUGCCCAGUUCUCACCACCGGAAUCUCCGGUAUCCUUACUCCGGCAAAAGGUGCCGGAUAACAUUAUUGCACGUCUCUGCGAUGGGCGAUACCAACUAAACUAUGAUUCUAACGGACAGCUGCGAUAUUUUGGCCCGACCUCGAGCUUACACCUGACCGACACGGUGGCAACGUCUAUCGUUCGGUCCUGGGGAGAAUACCAAGUUAGCCCUAAGAUAGAGGUUUGCGAGAUCGAUGCUGAAACCCAAGAUUACUUGCUGAAUCUCUACUGGAAAUUUCAGCACACCGAGCUUCAAAUCCUUCACAAAGAUGCAUUUCUUCAUGAUAUGGCAACAGGACAGACGAAAUUUUACAGCAAGGCACUCUUGUACUGUAUCAUGUCUUGUGCCGCUCGCAUUUCACACAGACCUGAGAUCCGUGCGAUGGUACUGACGCCUGGACUCUCGGCAACUGAUGAACUCCCACCUCUAUUCGCUGCUGCUUCAAAGCUAGUUGACGAAGAGUUGAAAAACCCACAAAUCACAACGAUCCAGUGUUUGCUGCUGUUAUCGGUGAUUUACUGUGCUUUCUCUCAAGACACAAAGGGCUGGGUUUUGACGGAUAAAUUUUCUCCAACGGACAUUGAGGCACGCUCGAUUACAUUUUGGGGUUGCGUCAUAUUCGACAGAUUGUGGUCACUCUACCUUGGUCGCCAGUAUUGUUUACGUCUUGAUGGAGAAGUGACAGUGCCUCGGCCGGCGGCGACGGCUGCCGUGAGCGGGAUGAUAGCUACCUGGGAAGCUCGGAAUCAAAAUAAAUGCACUAUGAGUCGGGUCAACGAGCUGGGUGAGCGCCUCAAGACGUGGUAUAGCGGACUUGACCCUUCGUUGCAAUACCAGAGCAACUCACCACCCUCGGUCUCAGUGAUGCAUGGUAUCAGCCUGCACAUCAUAUCGACUGUCUCGACGACGCUUAUUGCCGAUAUAACAGAACGGCGACACGCAGACGUCAGCCGAGAAUUCCACUGUUUGAUAAUAUGUGUUCGGACAUUGCUCGAGCUAGAACAGACCUACCUUGUUGCUUUGCAAGUCCGAAAAGUUAUUGAGGUGGUUAUCCGGAUAUGUAAUCUUGAAACCCACGAGUUACAAGUUGCGUCUCUGUUACCUGAGGGGUUCCAUAUCGGAGCUUCGUUUACACCGACAUCGUCUGCUGGCCGGACGGAAAGUUCUCAAGACGAAGACACCAGAGGCACAGAACAAGACUCAGAUUCGAGUAUCAUACUACAACGGUUCCGCGGAGAUGCUCCGCCGCCACCCAUCACCGAUGCCAUACAGAUGCCGGAACCGCCUUACAUGGGGAUGGCAUACAACCCCUUUCCGCUUCUUGAAGGGAUGCAAGUACAUCCUCAUCCGGCAACGAUGGCUGGUGAUAUACAUGUCACCUACCCAUGUACUCAAUAGUUGUUACGUUUAGCACUCAAAGUCACGAUACUGUUUUUUCUCUUAUACCUGACGGUGUAUGGGCGGGAGGGUUCGGUUUGAGGCGUUUAAUUAGCGAGCUGGAUAGCAUAUCGGGGGGCUUAUUCUU